CACUCUGUGAUUUGGUUGAGCUGCAGGAUGGGGCGCAGGCUCUGAUGUCCCUGUCUGUCUCCAUCCAUCACGGCUGAUCCUCAGGCUGCCCGUCCCUGUCUCCGGCUCAUGUGAUCCCCGCAGGCUUCUUCCCAUCACGCAUCUGGAGAGGAGCCUUUUGUGCUGGUUCUUGACUUCAAUGGUGGUGAGCGUGCAGCCUGGGGCUGGCAGCUCCAUGAUCCUCCUGCUGCUCUGUCUGCUCUUCUCCAUCCAGGAUGUGUCCAUGUUUCACGUGGCCGUUACCGAUAACAACCGUAUCAUCAUUUCCUUGGAACAAUCUGAUGUAACCAACUCCUCGUCCGUAUACGUCGUCAAAAUAACCGGGGAAUCCAAGAAUUAUUUUUUCCAGUUUGAAGAAUUCAGCAGCUCGUUACCUGCGCCUUUGGUUUUUAAUGCGACGUACCAUGGCCUUUAUUACAUCAUCACGCUGAUGGCAAUCAAUUCCAACAUGGCGUCCAGGCCUGUGAAAUCGCUAACCGUGCUGACGAAACCUCUUCCGGUCAACAAAGUUUCCAUUCAUGAUUAUAAACCUUCCCCAGAAACAGGAGUCGUAUUCGAAGUGCAAUAUCCCGAAAAAUACAAUGUCUUUACAAGAGUAAAUAUAAGUUACUGGGAAGGUCAAACUUUCCGUGCGAUGUUAUAUAAAGAUUUCCUGAAAGGUAAAACGGUGUUCAAUCACUGGCUGCCCGGCGUGUGUUACAGUAACGUCACUCUCCAGCUGCUGUCGGAAGCCGCGUUUAAUAAGAGCACCUUAGUGGAAUACAGCGGCAUUGGCCAUGAGCCGCAGCGGCACAGGACAGUUCCGUAUCCACCCAGAAAUAUCUCAAUACAUAUCGUAACCGUGAAUGAGAGCAGCGCCGAUGAACCCAGUGGCAAUAAUUCAGAAGAAAUCCGACCCGAUCAGCUCGCUGUCAUUGAGAGCUCCGCCGGGCCCAUGUCUGAUAAUAGGGUGAUAGGGAACACGUCUUAUAACUGGAAAUAUCAUUCGACAAACGAUUCUGGGCUGGAAACAACACCGUCGUCUGACUGGCUGGCCAAUGAAACCGUCACACUGGAUAAUGAAGGUUUUGUGAAUGAACUUCCUUCAGAUGAUGAAAAUCCUACGGUUUCAAGCCUAUUAACUGACCAUUUCACGAAUCGCUCUUCUUCGCCCCAUUUCAAGGUCUCCAUAAGUUGGCUUCCUCCAAAAGCUGCCACUUCCUUUGAUGGCUUUAAUAUAUACAUCCACAGAGAUGGUGACGCCACAAACAUUUCCACAGUGGAUGAAAACACUCAUGGAUUUGCCAUUCUAUUGAAAGAGCCAGGAAAGUACAAGCUGACGGUAACAUCUUUCAGCUCCUCGGGUCCCUGCGAUAUUCGAGAGAGCAACAAAGCCAAAGCCAUAAACUUUUACAUCAGCCCCACCGGCGAAUGGUUCGAAGAGCUCACAGAGAAACCAAAAGAAGUGAAAGUGAAGCUUUUAAAUUCCACGGCUGCCCUGGUGUCAUGGACAUCUUCCUACUCGGAGAAUAAUGGGACAAUAAUAUCCGUGGUUUCACAAACAUGCGCAAAACCAAAGGAAAGCCAAAGGCUCGAGAAACAUUAUUGCAAAGAGGUUAACUCUACCAGCGGUAUCAUCGGAAGCCUGGUGCCUGGCGCACAGUACAAAGUAGUGGUUUACCUGCAGAAACCCCCGCUUAUCGGACCCCCGUCAGACCCAGUCAUCUUUGCGAUAGAACCCACCGGGGUGAAAGACCUGGUGCUGUACCCUCUGGGGCCGUCUGCGCUGGUGCUGAGCUGGACCAGGCCGUACCAUAGCGUGUUCCGGAAAUAUAUUGUGGAAAUGUUUUACUUUAACCCCGCGACCAUGACGUCAGAAUGGACGCCUUACUAUGAAAUAGCAGCCACGGUGUCUUUAACAGCUUCGGUGAGAAUCAGCGGCUUGCUGCCAGCCUGGUACUAUAACUUCCGGGUAACCAUGGUAACGUGGGGCGACCCUGAACGGAGCUGCUGCGACACGUCCGUUGUGAGCUUCAUAACAGCCCCGGUUGCCCCUCGCAAUGUUAGCGUGGAAUAUAUCAGCAUGGUCGUGUACAUCUCGUGGACGUACGGCGAAGACACCGUGGAUCUCUCGCAUUCGCGAUUGCUGCAUUGGCAAAUUGUAGCAGAUGGGAAGAAAAGAAUUAAAAAAAGUGUGACCCGCAAAGCGAUGACAGCCGCAAUUCACUUGCCCCCUGGCGACAUUUAUAACAUUACGGUUACCGCGUGCACGGAGAGGAGCAGCAACACUUCCAAGCCGUAUACCAUUAAACUCGAACCCGCACCACCAAAAUCUCUGUUUGCCGUCAACAAGACCCAAACCUCGGUGACCUUGCUGUGGGUAGAGGAAGGAGUCUCUGAUUACUUCGAAGUGUUUUGCUGGCACUUGGACUCCGCUCAAAAUGAACAGGAACCUCUCAGGGUUUUCUCCCACGUGGUGACGAUAGGCAGUCUCCAGCCGGCCAGGUCCUAUAACUGCAGCGUGACCAGUGUCAGCCAUCACUCUCCGAGCGUUCCUGCCUUCAUCGCCGUGUCUACACUUGAUGUCGAGGUGAAUCCGAACGUGGUGGUGAUCUCGGUCCUCGCCCUUCUGAGCAUCGUGCUGAUCGGACUGCUUCUAAUAACGCUGCUCGUGUUGCGUCGAAAGCACCUGCAGAUGGCCAGGGAGUGCGGAGCCGGAACUUUUGUCAAUUUUGCCACCCUGGAAAGAGAUGGAAAACUGCCUUAUAACUGGCGUAGAAGCGUCUUCACUUUCCUAACCCUACUACCCUCUUGCCUCUGGACUGACUAUCUGUUGGCUUUUUAUAUUAACCCCUGUGUUACCCGAAUCUUUUACCAGAGGGGUAGCGGUGUGUGUUUGGAGCAGCCAUGCGCACCUCGGAGUAAAAAUGGAAUAAAGAAGAGGAAGUUGACGAAUCCUGUCCAGUUAGAUGACUUUGAUGGCUACAUAAAGGACAUGGCGAAGGAUACCGACUACAAGUUUUCUCUCCAAUUUGAGGAGCUGAAAAUGGUCGGCGUGGAUUUGCCGCAUGUCGCCGCAGACCUUCCCGCAAACAAAACUAAAAAUCGUUACACCAACAUCUUGCCUUAUGACUUCAGCCGCGUGAAGCUGAUUUCUAGCCACGAAGAGGAAGGUGCAGAUUAUAUCAACGCAAAUUAUAUUCCGGGUUACAGCUCCUUACAAGAAUAUAUUGCGACCCAAGGACCCUUGCCGGAGACGCGUAACGACUUCUGGACGAUGAUCCUGCAGCAGAAAUGCCAAGUGGUUGUGAUGCUGACUCAGUGUAACGAGAAGAGACGGAUUAAAUGUGACCAUUAUUGGCCGUUCACCGCAGAUCCGGUCAGAUAUGGAGACGUUACGGUGGAGAUGGUGUCAGAAGAGGAGCAGCCGGACUGGGCGUACCGAGUAUUUAGGAUCUCAUACGCUGACGAGACUCACCACGUCAAGCAUUACAACUUCACCGCUUGGCCUGAUCACGGCGUCCCGAGCGCCAACGCGGCCGAGAGCCUUCUUCAGUUUGUGCAGAUGGUGCGACAUAAAGCGGCAAAGACCAAGUGGCCCAUCACUGUCCACUGCAGCGCCGGAGUCGGACGGACAGGAACCUUCAUAUCCCUCGAUCGGCUCAUGCAGCACAUCAGGGACCACGAGUUUGUGGAUGUUUUAGGACUGGUGGCUGAGCUCCGCUCCUUCAGGAUGUCCAUGGUCCAGACAGAGGAACAAUUUAUUUUUAUCCACCGGUGCGUCCAGUUGAUGUGGAAAAAGAAAAAGCAACAGUUUUGCAUCAGUGACGUCAUUUACGAAAACGUCAGCAAGUCAUAAGCCACAUUUCACGGUAUGAGGAUAAAAGUACAAUCAUCUUCCCGAGCAGCCAGGCCCCUGGGCCGCAGAAUCCCACCUCAGCUGGAGAAGAAUCGGGAAGACGACAAAAGCCUUAAGGAGCCUCACGUGUCUUCUGGACUGUUUCCUUUACAAACUUAUUUUCCUUUUAUAAACUGGACCAAAUAACUGAAGAAGCAUCUUCAAGCCCAAAACAAAAGCGCAGAGCUGGUGGCGUCCAUUAAGGUUUGAGUGUAAUAA